AUGCCGAUGCACGUACCGGACCCUGCGCCCUGCGCUGUUGAGUCCACAUUGUGGCGGUCGUGUCUAAAGGAGUUUGACUACGGCCCGGAUCGUCCCAAGGGGGCUUGUGAGAAGCAGCGUGCCGGCUACUACGCUUGCAUCAAAGCGUGGAGAGAAAGACAGAACGAAGUGUACGAUUACAACCGGUUUAAUUUAGUGAAGGAGUGCGCAAAGGAGGCGGAGAAGUUGCACCAAUGCAUGAUGGUCAACAUGUUUGAGGCAUCGCGCUGUCAGGAGACAAUGACGCAAUUGAAGCGAUGCGCUGCGCGACACGAUCCGGAGGUGCGGAGGGCUUUAGCAGAUGAUCCCACACUUAUCAUGUCAGAGGAGGAGGAGGAGCCGCAGGGUAUCAAGCGGCUGUGGUACCGCGCCAUUGGCAAACUGUGA